CUCUUUCCACACUAUAUAAAGAGUUUGAAUCUGGAGGAAAUUUUACAGAAGAGCCCAGGUGAGCAGAGAGACAGAGAGACUACAUACACUGUUGGCUCUGCUGACCAGAACUGAUUCAGAAAUGAAGACAAUUUUUCUGCUGCUCGCCCUGGGGGCUGUAGGCAUGUGUGCCACCAAAGAGCUGUCAACCUCUACCGAAGAGGACUGUCCUCGACGCUGUGCCGGGGGCUGGCAACAAAUGGGCAGCAAAUGUAUCAAGUAUUUUGGUGUCCACAGAACCUUUUACGCAGCUGAGAGAGCAUGUCGCCAUGCUGCCAGGAAAGGACAUUUGAUCUCCAUCCAUUCAAGUGGUCAGAAUCACGUAGUUCAGGCUGUAGUGGCAAGAGGGAACUGCCACAGACCCAGUAUAUGGACUGGGGGUCAGCGCAUCCGAGGGAGCAGACGUUUCUACUGGAUGGAUGGGAGCUCCUGGAACUACAGCAGCUGGGGCUGUGCAGCACUGGAUGAGUCCUGCAGGAGAAGGAUCUGUGUACAAAUGAACUCUAGAUACGGUGCACGCUGGUCACAAGUUAGCUGCCGUGCCCGGAGACCCUACGUGUGCCAGUACCCUCUGUAUGGAGAGGAAGCGGAGGAGACACAGGAAGUGAGAGAGGAGCAGGAGAUCAACGCAGGAGUGGAGACCAAAGAAGAGGCCAGCGCAAUGUAAUGGCAAAAUAAUAAUAAUACUAACAGAAAAUGGCCGAGGACUUUCUUAGACCAUCUUAACCAUCCUUGAACUUAGGACAUUAUCCUCAUAAGUCUCAUACCAUCAGUCUGAACAUUUUUUCACAUUCUCCCAAGAUAAUGUGUUUAUUAAGCAGAACUCCUGGCUGUUAUUCCACUCUAAGUCCUCAUUAAUGUGAAUUAAUAACAUGACUAACUGGAGUCAACAUCCUUGGUGGCUCAUUUUGGGACAGACUUGGAAUACAAGCCAUUUCAGAAAACUUCUGUAAUUAGACAGAGAAUCUCAGCUUUCUAAAAGAUAUCUAUGGAAUAAAGAAGGUUCUUACAAAAUCCUCUACUGAAGUACUAAAAUCACAGGAUGCAGAAAGUAUGAGUUCCACCUUGGUUGUUUUUCUGUUAUUAUUAUUGUGAUAUCUCAGCUAACUGCUCCAGGCAAAAAUAUAUUAAAAAAUUGAAAUAAUUGCUGCCAAUUUUGCUGCCAGUCUCACUGCAUUGUGAGAACCAAAGGCAACUGUCUGUCAAUCGGCCGCUUGCUUCUUCCUACAGUGAGAGCACCUUACACAGAGCCCAUCUUCUGUUAAAACACAUCUGUGUGAGAGACACUGUAUGCAUGUGGCAGAGCACACAGUCACCCUGCAGGGUCAGGUUAUCACUCUAGUUACAGGACAUGACAAGGAUGCUCCUGAUAUCCUGAUAUUCCCACUGGAGUUCUAGUAGGGGACUGAACUGUGAUUCACUGUCUUAGAUUUGAUCUGCAUGUGACAAGGACAGCUUUCAGACCCCAGUUGCUCAAUUGCUGGAUCCACAAUAGCUUUAUUCAGCUUGCAGGCUCUUUCUUAACUGUAUGCAACUGAUAAUGCAAUAAAUCAAAUCUAUAAAGCAUUGAAA